AUACUUAAAAAGAUAUUAAGAAGAAGAAGAAAAAAUAGUGAUUGAAUAUGGGGAGUAAUAUAUGGGGGAAAUUAAAGAGAAGAAGAACAUAUAUGUAUGUACACUAGACAGAAAUAAAGGGCGGAAACUUACAAACUCUGGUUCACUGUCUCAUCACAUUCUGAUACCUCCUCCGCCCACCACCACCACCACCACCACCACCACUACUUCUUCUUCUUCGGCUGCUGCACUACAAACACUUGGAUUUAUACACACUACUAGCUAGAUUUGCCGAUUGAAUAUUAUACUCCUUUUGUUUUCAAACAAUUUUCCCAUAUACAUACAUACAUAAAUCAUUCUUCCUCUUCCCCUUCCCCAUUUUCGUAGCAAUUUAUCAUUACCCUAAUAAUUAAUUAUAUGAUUUGAAUCCAUCUCCCCCCAAUUCAGUCAUCCAGUUUCAGUCCAUAUAUGGCGUCGAGCAGCCUUUUCCGAUCCAAGUCCUGCUCUCUCGGACUCCGCAACUGCAACUCAAUGCCGCCGCCCCUCACUUUUUCACCUCACAGUCCCUCCUCUAUUUACGAAGACGACGACGACGACGACGAGGACCAGGGGUAUUUCGCCGACUUCAACAGCGACGACUCCGAAAAUCCGGCUACGACGCCUUUCAUAGCCCCCUGCCCUAAUUCUCGUAAUACUAAAAUUAACCAGCCGCAGUUCUCCGUUCUGGCGGUUGUGGCGUCGGCGUUACGGAGGUCGCUGGUCACGUGCAGCGUUGAGGCUGAUAACGUAUUGUCCGAUGUUGAUAUUGGAUCGCCAACAGAUGUACGCCACGUGUCCCACGUCACCUUCGACCGUUUUAAUGGAUUUUUGGGCUUGCCGGUCGAGUUUCAGCCUCAACUCCCUCCUAAACCCCCCAGCGCUAGUGCUAGCGUUUUUGGAGUUUCUGCACAAUCGAUGCAGUGUUCGUACGACCACAGGGGAAACAGUGUGCCAACUAUUCUUCUUAGGAUGCAAAACCGUCUGUAUUCUGGAGGCGGCCUUCAAGCAGAAGGAAUUUUCAGGAUCAAUGCUGAGAACAGUCAAGAGGAAAAUGUGAGGAAGCAGCUGAAUAAAGGAAUUGUGCCACAUGGAAUUGAUGUCCACUGUUUAUCGGGGUUGAUUAAGGCAUGGUUCAGAGAACUUCCAUCACGGGUCCUUGAUUGUUUGAGGCCAGAAGAUGUGAUGCAUUGCAACACAGAAGAAGAGUGCACGGUGCUUGUAAAGUUGCUACCUCCAACGGAAGGGGCAUUACUUGACUGGGCAAUCAAUUUAAUGGCAGAUGUAGUUCACCACCAACACCACAACAAGAUGAAUGCCAGGAACAUUGCUAUGGUCUUUGCACCCAACAUGACUCAGAUGGCAGAUCCAUUGACGGCAUUGAUCCACGCUGUCCAAGUGAUGAACUUUCUUAAGACGCUGAUAAUGAAAACCCUCCGAGAAAGACAAGAAUCGCCUGCUAAUGAAUGCAAUAUUGAUAACUCACAGCCAAUGAAUACGACAAGCACUGCUCAAGUGGUUCUAAAUGAAGAAUGUUCUUGUAAGGAAGGUGGUUUAGAGCAAGAAAAGAAUGAGGAAAAGUCUAAUUGGUUGAGCACUAAUAAUAAUAAUAAUAAUGGAGAGAAAUACGGAGGAGGAGGAGGAAGUAUUAGUAGUAUAUCUUCGUCAUGUUCGCCUGUGAAGCGCAAAAGAAGAACAUUAGGGCAUAGUUUCAAAGACGAAUAUGAGAAGAUGGAAGCAGAGGGAAUACUGAACCGCUUAAGUCUGCGUAAAGGAAUGCAAAAGCUACGAAGGCAUCCUGUCUUCCAGCUCAGAAAGAUAACUGUCAAGAAGAGUGGUGGCGGAGCUGUGUAAAUUGCUAGGAAGGGAGUACUGAGUAGACAAGAUGACAGGUUACUACUACACAAGUAAAUGCAACUACCUUUGAGAAAUCAAUAUUAUUAUUGUCUUUUUUAUUAGGAUAAUAAGUGUUUGUUAAUAAUAAGGUGGUUAGAUGAUUAAUCAUGUACUGGAAGUGGUACUAGUACUAAUUGGGGUUGGUUGUAGGUCGAUGAACCUAACUCAGAGUGGUUAAGAUUCAGCACAUGAACUAUAGUUUCAUUUGGAUUAAAUGUUUCCUUAAUUCUUUCGUUCGUGGGCUAGCAAAUAUGAAGAUCCUUGUCUGAACUCAGCCCAUCUGCCAAAUUGGCUCCCACAUGAUCAUUGUCCAAUCCAACCUUUGUUAUUAAAAAAAAAUAUUCAAUAUUUAGUAAAAAUAUAUAGUUAAGUUAGGUCAGGUGUAUAUAUUAUUUCCGUGUUAAAAUCAUGGUGACAUGUGAGUACUGAUGGUUGAGUGGAACUGCUGUCUUCAAUGGCAAUAAUUGAGUUUUUAUU